AAUGUGUCCUUCACCAGAGGAAGGUCUACUGCUUCGUUCAUCUGAGCUUUCAGGAGUUCCUGGCCGAUGUCUUUGUACAUCACUGCUAUGAGAGCAAGAACAUGGAGAUACUUAUGUAUAUUAGACCACAACACAGUGAGUUGUCCGAAAAUGUUUCACUGGAUGAUUUACUGGAGGGAGCAGUGGAUAAAGCCUUAGAGAGUGAGAAUGGACAUCUGGAUCUAUUUCUCCGUUUCCUGCUGGGCAUCUCAGUGGAGUCCAAUCAGAGACUUUUACAAGGUCUACUGAAACACACACGGAGUAGCUCGGAAAACUUUAGCAAGACAGCGCAGUUCAUCAAACAACAAAUAGAAAGAGGGCAUCUCCCUAUUAACAGAUCCAUCAAUCUGUUUCUCUGCCUGUGUGAAAUGAAUGACCAGUCUCUCUGCAAAGACAUUAAGAAACGUCUAAGUUCAGAUGAAUCCUCAGAAAAGAAUCUCACACCUGCACAGUGUUCAGCACUAGCCUGUAUUCUUCUGAUAUCAAAAGAGGUGAUGGACGAGUUGGACCUGAAGAAAUACAGCACAUCAGAGGAGGGUUAUAAGAGGCUAUUCCCAGCUGUGAAUGUCCACAAAAAGGCUAGGCUAGCUGGAUGUUAUCUCACCAAGAACUCCUGUGAAGCUCUCUGCUCUGCUUUACAAUCAAUAAACUCUGCCCUGAGAGAUCUGGAUCUCAGUAACAAUGACCUGCAGGAUUCAGGAGUGGAGCUGCUCUCUGCUGCACUGAAGACUUCACACUGUAAACUGGAGAUACUCAGGCUAGCUGGAUGUCAUCUCACCAAGAACUCCUGUGAAGCUCUCUGCUCUGCUUUACAAUCAGUAAACUCUGCCCUGAGAGAUCUGGAUCUCAGUAACAAUGACCUGCAGGAUUCAGGAGUGGAGCUGCUCUCUGCGGCACUGAAGACUUCACACUGUAAACUGGAGAUACUCAGAUUGUCUGGUUGUAUGGUCACAGAUCAAGGCUGUAUUUCUCUGGCUUCAGCUCUGAAGUCAAACCCUUCCCACCUGAGAGAGCCGGAUCUGACCUAUAAUCACCCAGGAGAGUAUGGAGUGAAGCUGCUCUCUGAUCUACUAGAAGAUCUACACUGCACACUAGAUACACUUAGGUGCUUAGGAUGUGUGAUGGAUUGUGGAGGGGAAAUCAGGAUCAAGCCAGGUCUGAAGAAAUAUCCCUGUGAUCUCACUCUGGACCCGGACACAGCACACGCACACCUCUCUCUGUCUGAGGGGAACAGAAGGGUGGAGAACGUUGGAGAGGAGCAGCCGUAUCCAGACCAUCCGGGCCGAUUUGAACACCAGUCACAGGUUCUGUGUAGAGAGAGCCUGACUGGACGGUGUUACUGGGAGGCGGAGUGGACGGGGCAGGGGGCUGUUAUAUCAGUGUUGUACAGGGGGAUCCAAAGGAAAGGAGACGGUCUGUUUGGAACUAAUGAGGAAUCCUGGAGCCUGAACUGCUGUAAUAACAGUUACUCUGUCUGUCACAAUAACAUGAGGACUGUCGUGCCUGACCUGCCCUCCAGCUCCACUGCAGUAGGGGUGUAUGUGGACUGGCCGGCUGGCGCUCUGUCCUUCUACAGCGUCUCGCUGGACACACAGACACUGACCCAUUUAUACACAUUCAACACUAAAUUCACUGAGCCGCUCUGUGCUGGACUCUGGGUUGGUGAACACUCCUCAGUACGUUUACGUGGCAUAGAAUAGAGUCUGUAGAGUUUACUGUGAGAUACUGCAGAGCUCUCCCUCUCUCUCUCUCUCUCUCUCCCUCUCUCUCUGUCUCUCUCUCUCUCUCUCUCUCUUCCUCUCUCUC